AUGGAAAGAACUUGGAUAGGCUUAAUUAAGUUCUGGAAGCAUCACACUUCUAUAUCAAAACGUGAAAUUCAGGUCAUGGAAGAAUUGACGCCUGGAGGUGUAAACUCCCCUGUACGUGCUUUCAAAUCAGUUGGUGGGCAGCCCAUUAUAAUGGAUUCUGUCAUGGGAUGUCGCAUGCGGGACAUAGAUGGUAAUGAGUACAUUGACUAUGUUGGUUCAUGGGGUCCAGCAAUAAUCGGUCAUGCAGAUGAUGAGUCGAGGCAAAAUCCCUUUCUUCCUGUCUCAGCAUCCAAAUUAACAAUGUCAGUACUAGCAGCCUUGGCUGAGACAAUGAAGAAGGGAACUAGCUUUGGUGCUCCAUGUCUUUUAGAAAAUGUCUUGGCAGAGAUGGUCAUUUCAGCUGUUCCAAGUAUCGAGAUGGUUCGGUUUGUCAACUCUGGCACAGAAGCAUGCAUGGGAGAAGUUGCUGCACUUAUCCUUGAGCCUGUUGUCGGAAACUCUGGCUUCAUUGCACCCAAACCUGAUUUUCUCAAUGCUCUUCACAAUAUCACCAAAGAAAACGAUGCUUUCCUCAUCUUUGAUAAAGUUAUGACUGGGUUUCGUUUGUCUUAUGGUGGAGCUCAGGAGUAUUUUAGCAUAACUCCUGAUUUAACUACAAUCGCGAAGAUUAUUGGAGGUGGGUUUCCAGUCGGUGCAUAUGGAGGAAGAAGGGAGAUUAUGGAGAUGGUGGCACCAGCGGGACCAAUGUACCAGGCGGGGACCCUCGGUGGAAACCCACUGGCAAUGACUGCAGGAAUUCAAACUCUCAAGAGGCUGAAGGAGCCAGGAAGUUAUGACAACUUAAAUAAGAUCACAAGUGAACUUAUUCUGGGUAUUUUGGAUGCUGGAAAGAAGGCAGGGCAUGCAAUACGUGGUGGGUAUGUAAGUGGGAUGUUUGGAUUCUUUUUCAACGAAGUGCCUGUUUAUAACUUUGGGGAUGCGAAGAAGAGUGACACCUCAAAGUUUGCAAGUUUUUAUAGAGGAAUGCUGGAGGAAGGUGUUUACUUUGCACCCUCCCAGUUUGAGGCUGGAUUUACUAGCUUAACGCAUACUUUUGAGGAUAUCCAACAAACAAUAGCAGCUGCUGAGAAGGUUUUCCGGCAACUCUAA